CCGGCGGGGACACCAGCUCCGCAUCCUUCAGCGGCGAGAACAGGCUGCUCCUGGCCAGCAGGCUGCUCUCCUGGAAGCUGUGGCUGUACUCCAGACAAAUCCAGUCCGGGUUUUCCCUCACCCCCGAGAAAUUAUUGAAACCGUCUUAAAUGGGGCCUGAACGGGAAUAGAGGCAAGGAUGGAAAGGAGGUCCUGCUUCAGGACUGUUCGCAACCAAACGGGAAGAAAAGCGGUACAGGUCCUCUCUGCUGGACAGGAGGUACGCGGUUGCAGGAAUAACGCUGGCCUUCUACAGUUUCUUUUAGAAAUCCUAUGGAAACAUAAAAUGAUCGAAAAAUAGUUCAUUGAAGCACCCGGCAUCAAAGUUUUGCUGAUGGCAUCAUACAGAGGUGCGACCCCAGUGCCAUUGGAAGCACUGGAGCAGUUGAUGGAGGACUGCAGAACAUUAAAAAACCUUGAGCAGAAGAUGAGAAAGCUCUUGGGGUAAAAUUAAUCUGAGAACACCAGAAAUUAGACCUGCAUGUUACAGGAUGAUGCCUUCAACGACUGGCUCCAUGACUACCCUAGAGAAGAUACCUCCUUCACACUGCUCAGAUCUACAUGUUGCCUUUCUGCCCAGCUACGAGAAUGGAAAGACUUCAACUGGCUUCAGCAGGCUGCAAUGAAGAAAUGAGUUACUGAGGCUCCAGUAAGCACUGAGAUAAACACCCUGAAUUCCAGUCUCUGCCCAUUGGAGCAAUCUGCAAUGGUCACAUACCAUGGUAAACAAAGAACGUGACAUCCAGGAGAAGAUUGACUUUGAGAUCCGGAUGCGCGAGGGCAUCUGCAAACUGCUGGCAGUGAGCACCCAGAAGGACCAGCUCCUGCGUGCGGUCAAGAGCCUGAUGGUCUGCAACGCUCGGAUACGGGCGUACAGGACACAGCUACAGAGCCAAACAGGAGAGCCAGGCCCGUGCAGAGCUGCAGAGCAGUCUUCAGAAAAUGGGACAAAAGACCGGGUGGCAUGCAGAGCAAAGGUUGCCAUAUCAGAUAUUCGGAUACCAUUAAUGUGGAAAGGCUCUGAUCACUUCAGCAAUAAAGAAAAAUCACAACGCUAUGCAGUUUUUUGUUUGUUCAGAAUGGGAGCUGAGGUUUUUGAUACUGAGGUGACUAUUGUGGAUAAAGCCAUAACAGACAUCUGUUUCGAAAAUGUAACCAUAUUUGAUGAAGCAAGACCAGAUUUCCAGGUGAAGGUUGAAGUGUAUAGUUGCUGCACAGAGGAGUCUUUAUGUAUAACAAACACUCCUAAGAAACUAGCAAAGAAGCUUAAAACGUCCCUCAGCAAAGCUACAGGGAAGAAACUCAAAGCUGCCCUGGAAGAAGACAGCACUGAAUCCCUUUUGCCUGCUGACCCAGUCAUCCCUGGAGCAAAGUACAGUUUGCUGGCAUAUACCACUUUGGGGCUGGAGAGUGCUGAGGACAAUUUCAGGACCCACAACCUUACCAUUACAGGAAAUGAGGAAUCCUCUUUUUGGCUCCCCCUGUAUGGAAACAUGUGUUGCCGUUUAGUUGCUCAGCCCUCCUGCAUGGCCAGGGAUAUGAUGGCAGGAUUUCUAAAUCAGCAGCAAACAGUAGGAGGUCUAACGAGCUGGCGGAGGCUGUAUUGCGUACUAAGAGGUGGCAAACUCUUUUGUUAUUACUCACCAGAAGAAAUUGAGGCCAAGCUGGAGCCAACAUUGACAGUUUUCGUCAACAAGGAAACCAGAAUUCGAGCUGUGGAUAAGGACUCCAGGAGGAGAACUAAUAAAUUCUCUGUUAUCAACCCCGUGUCUGGCGAGGCUGUGACGCAACACUUCGCUACUGACAGUAGGGAUGAACUUCACAAGUGGAUGGAGGCUUUCUGGCAGCACUUUUAUGAUCUGAGCCAGUGGAAACAUUGUUGUGAGGAACUUAUGAAAAUUGAGAUUAUGUCACCACGGAAACCACCUUUGUUCUUGACAAAGGAAGCGACCUCCGUCUACCAUGAUAUGAGCAUUGAUUCUCCAGUGAAACUUGAGGGCUUAGCUGAUAUCAUACAAAGGAAAAUUGAAGAGAGUGAUGGUGAGUUCCUUCUUGGCCAGCAAAAAGAGUCUGCAUCUGCCCUAUGGGCUUCACUCUUCGAUGGAUCUCAUGAGAUGACUGUUCAGAAGAACAUGCCUCUGGACCCAAAAGGAGAUACCACAAGUCCUAAUGACAGCAGAGGAAAGAAAAGAAGAGCUCCACCUCCACCCUCCCAUAAGACCCCAUACAGUGCAAAAGCACAGGUGAACACAGAGCAACUGGGCAAAGAAAACUGGGGGAAGCCUGACCACACAUCUGCCAGUGGUUCUUCCCUUGAGUCAGUGUUGGCUACGAAAAUGCAGCAGCUGCAGACACCUGUUGCUGCUCCUCGCAAAAUCGGUCCUUGUAGAAAAAGCAGUUUAGCUGGUCAGGGGAAUCCCAUUUCUCUGGUUAACAAGAGCAGGUCUGAAACCAAACCAGUACCAACCCCUAGACAGAAAGGCAUCACAGAACUGCUAGACCCUAGGUCUUGGUUGCAGCCAUAGAUGACAUAAUUAACUUAGAAGAGUCCCUGGAAUUUAAAGUUUCUCAUCCUUCUACUAGUACUCUUUGGUAAAAAUAGAUUUUAGCACAUAGCUUUUAUGUAUUGAGGCUACAGUGUUUUUCUGUUUGCCAGGGCAUUACUGGUAGCUGCAGUCUUAGCUGCGCUCAUUAGCACUCACAUCUAAAUAAUUGCACUAGAACAGGGGGAGUUCUCUCUAUCUGGAAUAACGGUGCUAUUUAGGAAAACAGUGAUUUGGUACUUUCUUCUUGAAAAACCAGCAGUGUUCAGGGUAACUUCAGUGUCCCCAUAGCCCAGGUGUUACCGGUGCCUUCUAUCAGUCCCGCAGCUUAGCCCAUCCACAGCUCCUGAGACUACUUCAAUUGGGAAUUCACACACAUUCAGCACAGAUCUUGCAAAGCCGAUUUUCUUGGGCUCCACGCUUGGCUUAACCUAAAAUAUCCUUAUCUCUCCCUCAUUGUUUGGGAACCACUGCUUAUAUGGUAAUCUACCAUGAAAAGUUACUGUGCCGUUCUGAACACUCCGUAUGAAUUUCUGAGGCAGUUCUAGCAAUUACUGUGGGAUUUCCCGAGUUCUUGCUGGUUCAUGUGCUGUCCGAAUGGGCCAGGGUUAUCUGUCUAUGAGCAAGGAUAUGAUCCAUCACUGCUGCUUAUUUCGGACUAACACUGUUCGAAAGCAGUGCUGUGUAUGAGCACUCAGGAUUUCAUCUCAUGGUUGUUUUUCCUGAUCAGUGUGGCUCCGUAGCACAGCUUCUCCUUUGUGGAGCCCCUCAGCUGCUCCUGGUAGGGAGAUGGUUUGUAAACAUGGCCAUGUUACUGGUAAAAAAACAGGGAUUUUCACCACUUGUUCUUUCUGCAAUAGCAGGGAAUAAAUACUUCAGAUGAAAAUACUGAACUUUGAUAUCCUUCCAUCAGACUGUUCGCAGUUUCUGUAAGGUGCAUGGGUUGUCAGGGUUCUUGUGGCACCUGCAAAACAUCUAUUGCAUACAGAAAAUCUGUGUUCUUCUGGAUCCACAGCUUAAAUACCCAACCCUUUCCUUGACUGAUGCAUUUAUCUCAGAUGCUGGAAUUCAUCCAAGAGCAAAGGUCUGCUUGCAGUUCUGUUUCUAGAGCUGUCUUCAGAGGGUCAUAUCAGCAGCUGUAUACAUACAGUUCAUUAAUUAUUAUUUUUUUUCUAAAGUGUGGAUGGCUUUGGGAGCUUUACCGUUUCUCCGAAAGGUAGUGUGGGCAUGGUUGGUUGGUUUGUUUUAUCUAUUUUUUGUCUUCUGCUAAGCUCUUGGCUGCACAGCUGUAAAGGUAUCUGCUGAAUUCCCCCAGUAGUUCAAUGGCUAUUUGGGAUGGGGCUUAAGAGGCAGGUUUCAUUUACAAAUCCUUCCACGGGAUUAGAGCCCUUUGUUUCUAGAAUGUCCUUGUUCAUUCUUCAUUUAAUCACAUUCCAUUUUCCCUCUGAAACAACCAUAAUCAUUCUUACAAUAAAUCAUGCUGUUACUUAAGUGGAUGGUUUGUGAAUGGUUUAUAAAUAGGAACAGAAAAACUGAAGAAUAACUACAUGAUUAUGUAAAUCAGGCAGCCGACUAAGUGGACUGUACAACUCUGAACAAGAAACAGGAAAAAUAAAUGGAGGGGGGGAAAGCAUAUUUUCCAAAAUGCAGCUU